CUAGGUCUAGCAACGCCCCUGUGUUUUCCCCUGAACGUUUCUACGUUGGAUGAAUUUGUAUUUAGUUCGAGGAGCAAAUAAAACGGACCCAUUUGCCUUAUUCAAUGUAAGACCAAACCAGUGCGCUGUCGUCAGUUUGCAAGUAGCGAACAGGAGUUUGAGCUCUGUAGCUGUUAGCUGGAAUUGAUCCCCUUCGACUGCGUAAACCCUCGACCAGAAAACCGGAAGCUGAAACGAACUACAUAUAAUUUGGAAUAGCGCUAACAGACAAUUCUACAAACAUGAAGACGACCUGCUAACGUGACGGAUAAAUAAAUAGAUAGAAAAUAACAAUAUUAAACGAGAAUAAUUGCCUACGGGAUGACGAGAAAGUUUGACGGUAAGGUAAUGUAUCCAUCUUUCUAUCCACCUAUAACAUUCCAGUCACUCAUCUCUCACUCUGACAAAAUAAUACAAAGAUACGUUUUAAUUGAUCGCUCUUCACUGACCAAAUGUGGGCCGAGGAAUUGUGUCGAAGCUUCUCUCACUUGAAAACCUCCCGCGUUGAAUAACAAAGGUUCUUUUAUCAGUUUCGUUAGUCAGCUGUGAGGAGGCAAGAUGAGGAGCUGGAGCUUGUGGGCAUUUCUUCCCAUAUGCUUUUCAUUAUGCACCGCCAUUGGACUCAUACUUGUGUAUUUCAUCGCUCGACAAUAUGACACCAUAACCUCUUUGGGUUGGCAGAGCAGUAAUAAUCAGAGAUCUCCACCGUAUAUAAGUAUCGCAGGCAAUCAACCUCCCGCUAGCUGUGUCUUCAGUCAAGUUAUGAAUAUGGCAGCUUUUAUGGGAUUCCUCAUUGGAUUCCUCAGAUACCUCCAGCUGAAGCCCAAAGUACGCAAGCCUUGGCUGAACAUAGCCAGCCUGAUCACCUUCUCUUUGGCCUCCUUUGGGAUGACACUAGUGGGCAACUUCCAGUGGUCCAAUGACGAGGACGUUCACAACGCUGGCACCGGCCUGAGCUUUGGCCUGGGCACGGUGUUCUGCUGGCUGCAGUCCAUCGCCACCCUCAGACUCAACCUGAGGAACGAGGGAAGACGCUUGGGCAUCAUUCGCUUCGUGCUGUCGGCGGCCAUCACCCUGAGCAUGCUGCUCUACUUCUCCCUCAUGUUGCGGGGUCAUCAUCUCCACGGGGCGCGAACGCAGUGGUGCCUGGUCAUGUUCCUGCUGGCCUUCAUCGGCACGUUAUCUGUGGAGUUCCGCCACUUCAACUUCGAUGUCGUCUGCAUGGAGCACCAAGAGCCGCCCGUCACCCUGUCGGACAGGUUCUCUGUGGUGUCGGAGAAUCACCCCGGUACCACGAUGCAAACACAGGAUCACCCUGGCUACUUUUGAGUCCAAUAAGAGAGAACUAGUUUGUGGUAUGUUCAAAUCAUCUGGCGUAUCACAACUCAAGCAUACUAUUUUUUUAUGUAGACUGUUUGGUCUACAUUAUGGGUUUUACGAUCAAAUGGCGCAUAGCGUAACCCUUCAUUAAUAAUGGUCACUCCUACUAGAUGUAUAUAUUUUUUCUACUUUUCAUGUAUAUUUUAUUAUUCUUUGCUUAUAUUUUGGGGUCCCACAGUUACCACAGCACACAAACUAAAUACCUCUUGCUGUCUAGAUGUAGAUUCAAAGUUAAACCGCAACCUUCAAGGUAAUGUCCUAACUAAAGACCAGGUUCAAGAAAGCAUAUUCCAGACUUAUGCAUCAUCUUUAUGUAGGCCAUGGUGGGCAAUUCCACAUUUACUCCGAGACUUUAGUGUAUGUUUUAUUAUCCAACAUGAGCACAAUUGUUUUGCCAAUGCAACAAUACAGAACUUCAGUAUACAAUUCAUUUAUUGGAAGGUUUCGUCAAAUCAUGUAUGGUCAGGAUUUAGACGUCGGGUACAGAACCAUUACAUUAGGGCGAAUCUUAGGCAGAUAUCACUGUCAUAUAUCAAGUAGCACAUUUAAAUACAUUUUGAAGUGUGUGCGCUUUUAUUUUGUUGGGUGCAUCUGUUUUCUCAUCAGUAUCAGAAGAAAAUGCAAUGCCGUUUGCGUAACUGGAUUAAAAUAUUUCUUAAGAGGUUA